CUGAGAAGAACUCUGACCAAGUGACCAUCAUCAUCGUCCUAGCUUACAAGUUGAGACCACCUCGUCGGAGAAGAAGGAAAUUGCAGCCACCGCUAUGGACUACGCGCAUGUCGACGUGGAGAACCUCAAGGCUACUGAGCUGAGGCUCGGCCUUCCGGGCGGCGAGGAGACCGACAAGAUGCCGACGCCCAGGGCCGGCAGCAAGCGUGCUCACGCCGGAGACCACCACGAGGAGGAGCCCAAGGCCGUGCCAUCGGCCGCGAAGGCGCAGGUGGUUGGGUGGCCGCCGGUGAGGUCUUACAGGAAGAGCUGCUUCCAGCAGCAGUCGAGCAGCAAGAGCAAGGCGACCGCGCCAGCGGAGGUACAGAAGCAGGAGGAGGUUGCCGUCUCCGUUGUGGCGGCGGCGCCACCUGCCGCGGCAGGCAGCGGAGGUUCGCUGUUCGUGAAGGUGAGCAUGGACGGAGCCCCCUACCUGAGGAAGAUCGACCUCAAGAUGUACAAGGGGUACCGGGAGCUCAGGGAGGCCCUGGAGGCCAUGUUCCUCGGCUUCUCCGGCGACGCCGCCAGCGUGAACCCGUCAGACUUUGCCGUCACCUACGAGGACAAGGACGGCGACCUCAUGCUUGUCGGCGAUGUGCCAUUCGAGAUGUUCAUGAGCACUUGCAAGAGGAUGAGGAUCAUGAAGGGAUCCGAAGCCAGAGGCCUAGGAUCAUCAAAAGAGUGAAUUUUGGAAUCUAUCCUGUGGAGAACACGCAACCACCAUGCAGGAUGGGUGCCCACUAACCACCGUAGACCGGAGCAAUUGAAAGAAUCAACCCACCGAUGUCUCACAAGAUCGAAUCUGGCUAAAGUCGCGCCAAGAUCGGAUGAACCACCGCACGCGUGUGCACCCACCGUUCACCCUGCCAAAGGACGUACGGCCAUAGGCUAGCUAGAAGCCUAGGAGGAUGCGGGAUCAUGUAACAGACUUGCCGCCGUUUGCCUCCCCUGGCCGGCCGGGGCGGGAGAGAAGGAGAGAACGAGUGAAAAGUGUUGUCCGGAGAAGCGUGUUAGCUCAAUCCGAUAAGCUUCCGAAUGUUAGUUUGAAUUGUAGCAACCCACGAGAAACAACCAUUGGUUGGUUAUAGCCCUAGCAAACUUUGGGGACCAUACCGCUAAU